AAAAGUUACUUAGCCUCUGUAAAGUUUAGUUCCUUAGGAUGCCAGGGAUCUAAUGCCAAGCCAAGCCAUAAGGAACCAUGAGGGGCAUUUGGAAAGCUCCAUUUAUCUUGUGCGUGAUCAGCUUACUGGAUUCACCAGUGUCAUCCACCAUAGAGCAUUAUACAAGAUUCCCAUUUAGCCUCAAAUUCAGCCAUGUCCAACACAAAUGCCCUCCAAUUAAAAAUGGAGAAGACGAUCUUCCGGGCUUUGACCUGAUUUCCAAGUUCCAGAUUGACAGAGCUGCUUCUGUUGGUGCCAUCCGGACAGUGGUUGGAACAUCUCCUUUCCAAGUGGCUUAUCAAAUGGGCACAAAUGUUGACUUCAGAAUUUUGACAAGGCACAUAUACGCCAGUGGGUUACCAGAGGAAUACUCCUUUAUGUUUACUUUUCGAAUGAAUGAGAAUACUCGACACAAAUACUGGAGCAUCUGGCAAAUUGUAGAUGCCAAAGGCAAACAGGAGGCUGCCAUCAACUUCAACGGGCCUCAGAAGGCAUUGGAAUUUGUUUAUAAAGGAGCAGAUCGAGUCCACAAAAUCACCUUCCCUAACCUGCCCUUCCUGUUUGAUACCAAGUUUCACAAAGUUCUAUUCAGUGUGGAGAAGGACAGACUCACUCUGUACAUUGACUGCAUAAGAGUUGAUACAUUUGAUCUAGUCCCUGCUGGAAAAAUUACCCUGGAUGGCUACACCAUAUUGGGCAAGCUGACUAACAAUCAUGAGGUAUCAGUGCCAUUUGACCUCCAGUGGAUGCUAAUUCAUUGUGAUCCUCUGCGGCCUCAAAGAGAGUCUUGUACUGAGCUGGAAGCCAGGAGAGCAGUCAGCCAAGCACUCCUAGAGAGAGGACCACCCGGACCGCCUGGACCUGUGGGCCCCCCCGGAACCCCAGGAGUCCCUGGUAUUGAUGGAAUUGAUGGAGACAGGGGUCCUGAUGGUCCUACAGGCCCACCGGGCCUAGAUGGGGAUGAUGGAAAACCUGGAUCUCCUGGAUUACCAGGCGAGCCCGGGGCUGAUGGACUGACAGGACCAGGAGGAUCACCGGGUCCAGUUGGACCACGGGGGCAAAAGGGUGAACCAGGACUGCCAGGCUCUCGAGGAUUAUCAGGUGGAGGAGUUUCUGGACCAAGAGGUGCUUCUGGUCCACCUGGUCUCCCUGGAGAGUUGGGGCGCGCUGGACCACUGGGAGAUGCUGGUGACCGAGGUGUCCCAGGGCCACCUGGCCCCCCAGGGCCAAGAGGGGCCGUUGCUCUGCAUGAAGGAGACCCAGUGUGCCCAAAUGCAUGUCCGCCUGGUCGUCCAGGAUACCCAGGAUUGGCAGGAAUGAAGGGCCAUAAAGGUGUUAAAGGAGAAGCAGGGGAACCAGGAAAACAAGGCCACAAGGGAGAAGAGGGUGAACAAGGAGGUAUUGGCGAUGUUGGAGCUCAAGGCCCUACAGGACCCCAAGGUCUGAGAGGAAUCACUGGGGUAUUGGGAGCUAAGGGUGGCAAGGGAACUCGUGGAACUGAUGGAGAACCCGGUCCUCGAGGAGUUGCUGGUGCAUCUGGGGAUCAAGGUCAACGAGGUGGAGUAGGAGAAGCUGGGCCAAAAGGUGACAGAGGCCCUGCAGGACCAAGAGGUAUAACUGGAAUGCCAGGCUCAAAGGGUGAGGCGGGCUUGCCUGGUGUUACUGGUCGUGAUGGAAUCCCUGGAAUGCCAGGAUCAAAGGGGGACUCAGGGGAACCUGGUGCUCCGGGAGAAGCUGGCCUACAGGGAUUACCUGGUAUGCCAGGAAAUCCGGGAGCUAAAGGAACAGCUGGAGAGAAGGGUAACAGUGGUGCUCGUGGGGUGUCUGGACUAAUGGGAAACUCUGGUAAACCUGGGGAUCAGGGGCCUCAAGGUGAAAUUGGCCCCAUUGGGCCUGUUGGACCUUCGGGUGACAGAGGUGAAACAGGACCCAUCGGUCCUCCAGGGCCACCUGGGAAACAAGGUUCUCAAGGUGAUCCUGGCUUCCUUGGCUUGCCAGGUCCUCCUGGUCUUCCUGGUCUUAAAGGUGACAGGGGUGGAGUUGGUGAGAAUGGACCUAAAGGUGAUCAGGGUGGUCCUGGAGAGGAAGGUUACGCGGGAGAAAAAGGUGAACAGGGUGAUCUAGGAAAUGCUGGCGCAAAGGGAUCUGUUGGAAGCCCUGGUGAAUCUGGUAACCGUGGACCUGAAGGAAGUCGUGGACAGCCAGGCGUAGAAGGUCCUCAGGGAGCAGCUGGACCUAGAGGAGUGCAGGGUGAACACGGAGCUCCUGGGUUACCUGGCAGCCAAGGCCCAGCAGGUAAAGAACCAACAGAUCCUCACAUUAAACAAGUAUGCAUGAGAGUUUUACAAGAGCAGUUAGCUAACUUGGCAGCCAGUCUACGAAGGCCUGAAUCUGGAGCUGCUGGUCUGCCUGGUCGACCCGGACCUCCUGGGCCACCUGGCUCACCUGGAGAUAAUGGUUUACCUGGACAUACUGGAUCCAGGGGUCUACCUGGGCUCAAGGGUCCACCUGGUGAGCUGGGUCGUAAAGGUCCAAAAGGUGAUUCAGGAGAAAGAGGAGAACGAGGAUUACCAGGGAGAGGUCCGAAGGGAUUCCCUGGUUUGCCGGGACUUACAGGUGAACCAGGCAAACCAAGCUAUGGUAGAGAAGGCCGUGAUGGAGAGAGAGGCCAACCUGGCCCUGCUGGGCAACCUGGAAUUCCUGGACCUCCAGGUCCUGCUGGCCCUGCAGGCUUCUGUGAUCCAUCUUCCUGCAGCCUUCAGGCCAUAGCUGCUCCUCAGUCUGCUAAAGAUUCCAACAUGAAAGGCCCUUGAACUGUUAAAACCACGAUUCUGUCUGCGACUGCUAAUAACAUCAAAGAAUGAAAGAAACAAAAAGCAUAGUAAACAAUGACUUUUUAUUAUCAACAGCAGACUAUAAUAUACUGUAUGGGUGGUAACAAAAACAAAACAAAACAAAACAAAAAACGACCAUAUUUGGAAAACAUGGUGCUUGUGCUAUGAGAAGACUUUUUCAACUUCGAAACAAAAUAACAAUAAUUGUUUUAAUAGAGAUUUUAAUGUGCCACUCUCCCAAGUCACCAGGUAGAUCUCAAGGAAGACAAAAUGUGCUUUAUAUUAAAUUUUAACCAUCCUCUUAUUAAUAUUUUAGAAUCCCACUGAUUAUAUUUCAGCAAAGGUUAAUUGUCAGAGUGCUGCAUUAUAUACUUAGGAUUUAAGAUGAUUGAAUCUGAGAAGAAGCAUUCAAGUGCAGAAGGCGAUUGAAAAAUCCCCAAUAGGUUUUGCAGUGAAAAUCAUCAAGCAACUGUAGAAAGAAUUCCAGACUGAAUUGCAGAUAAAAACUAUAACUACGCCCCAAUCAUUUAAUAUUCCUCUAUGUACUUUGCAUCAAUUCACUGUAAUUUUGUUUUUAUAAAAUGGAUGGAAACUGUUUCUGUAAAAAAAAAAAAAAAUGGUAGUACAUGUGUGCUGUAAAUCUCUGUAAAUGUAUUAUGUGAGCUAUUCUGACUAAUAGUGUGUCACAAAGACUUAUUUUAAUUAGAGACAAGGUGACAUCUUCCCCUGUUUACCCUGCGUUGUUUUUAAGCAUUGUGUGUAUAUAGAAUACUGUACCAUCUGAUACCUCCUCUGUGUGACACCAACAUUGCAAUGUGAUGGAUGCAAUAAGAGAUUCUUGAAACCCCAAAAUAAAAACUAUUCAUAGCUAUGAACAAAUAUUUAUUUUCAUGUGGCAUCUCUGGUUGUACAAAAGGAAGAAAUAAAUACUAUUUCGUA